UUAUGUAAUCUUUGGCAAAAUGACUAACUACAUGUAGUUGUUGUAAAACAAAAUGGACAAGUAAGAAAAUCUUCCUGGAUUAUUAGUGAAUAAUUACCUCGAUCUACGCCAAAAGAUCAGUUUGCUGUGAUUUCAAACUAAAGGAAGUCUGGAAAAUGAAUACGAGUAUAUUAAUACUGUUCGUGGCAAUAUCACCGGGUAUAAUACAAGUAGCCAUUGCAGGCUGCUGUCCGGAUGGAUGGAUGCCACACAAAUCCCGUUGUUACUAUGUUGGUUAUGAAACAAAGCUGACGUUUUCCGCGGCAAUGGUUUAUUGCCAUGUCCGGGGUGCGCAACUCGUACAGUUUGAAUCUUAUGGAGAGUAUUCAUUUUUGAGAAAUUUGCUAAAGAAAACGCAAGCAUCAGAUGCUUGGAUAGGGUUAUCUGACCAGAAACACGAAGGCAUCUGGCAAUGGAUAGGCUCUAAAGGAUUUGCAACAUUUUCAGACUGGGCACCAAACGAACCGAAUAGCGCCAAUGGCGGUGAAGACUGCGUAGGAUUUUUUGCAUCUGAAGACUACAAGUGGAAUGACUUUUCUUGCACAGAUAAGUUGAUACCCGUAUGCGAGAAGUCAUCAUAGUUCUAUAGGUGCAUACAAAGAAGCGUUAAUACCGUGAUAAAGCCAGAGCGACAUUCCAACAGCUUCUUUUUUCAAACUAUAAAACAGUUUUUAUUUGUACUGCUCCCUGAACUCGUUUUCGAUAAUUUCCUAAAAAAAUAUAAUUGAUACAGCUUUGUCAACAGAAAUACUUUAAACCAUCGCGCAUCUGUUGCCACAAAUUUCAAACAACAAUUAAGUAAACAGUGCAUCAAAUUUAUUUUCAAAUUACGUAUUGCUAUUCAGAUAAGUAUGAAAUUGAUAAGUGUAUCAUUUUGAACUGUUGCUGUUGCAAGAUAAUAAAAUAACACAGCAAUGUUGUUAACACUUCUUGAUAUACCAGAUCCUUUACCUAAAAUUGAAACAAAUGUAAAGGGGUGAGAUUUUACCUGUUUCAUGUGAAACAAUAUCUAAAUGAAUGUGAUAACAAUGUUGAAUUUCUUUUCCGAUUAAUCACAGAAGAAAACUUUCAAUCAAAUGUUACUUCUAAUAAAUAACUGAAAAGCCUAGGUGCUCUCCCGAGCAUUGGUUUUUUAGGUGUGAGUAAAACCAGCGACCUUCCGUAAUCCAGAUGGAUGGCUUCUUCACAUGAAUACAUAAAUACAUGUAAUGAUUAUUUCGGACCAAGAUCGGCGAAGAGUAACUGAUUGGAUGCCAGCGACUUUUAGCUAUUCGGACAAGGAGCCAAUCUGUGUCGACUUUGUGUGUAUGUAUGUAUAUAGAAUCUGAUGUUGAACUUGUUUGGAAAGAAACGAUGUAUUCAAGUAUGCAUACAUUCAGUAUAUUUUCAAAUUCAUGCGGAAUUUCGUCUCUCCAUAUUGCUA